ACAUUUUCGUUCCUACUUCCUUCCCUAUAUUACUUGCUCUGUGGUUCCUUCUUGCUCUGUGGUUCCUUCGCUUCGACUGGAAAUGGACAAUGGACUGGAAAGUCCUCCGACUUCCGAGUUCCGAGGGAAAGUCAAUAAAAUUAAGUUUAUAAUAUGACUACCUAUUUGAAUGUAAGAUAUAGAAAUAACAUAUUAUAUUGUACGUAUUGUACCCGUUAUCACAGUGAAGUCUACAAUGUCUGAAAGUGAUAAAGUUUGUCGAGCAUGUCUAGAAUCUGUUGGACCGUAUUAUUAUGUCCUUUUCGAGAAUGUAUCAGCGUAUAUGUUUUGGUUUUGUACAUCAAUACAGAUUGCCGAAAAUGAAUCAAUUACAAAAGCCCUGUGUACAAAUUGUUAUGAAUUAUUAUCUAAAUUUGCGGAAUUUAAACAAAAGUGCAUUGAUUCUCAAAACUCUUUGCUCAGUUUGAAAAAUGUUAAGGCAGAAGCUGAUUAUACUGAAAUACCGAAAAAUGAGAUUAUAAAAAAGCAGGCAAACCUUGAAGAGCAAUUAAUUUUUAAGAAAGAAAAUCAUUUUGAUGAGAAUCUCAACAAUGAUACAGUCAAAUAUGAAUCUUAUAUGCAUAAUCAGGAUCAUAAUUUUGUAAGUGACAAUGAUGAAGAAUUAAAUGAAAAUAUCUGCGAACAGCAAAAUAAUGAUCGUUUACAGAUUCCUGAGAAAAACUUUACAUUUCAUUGUGAAUUAUGUGAUAAAAGAUUUACUAGACACAAGAGAUAUGAAAAUCAUAAACGGACACAUGAAAGUGAUACAAGUGUAUCUUGCGUAUUUUGUAACAAGACAUUUCAAACAAAAAAAGGAUUAAAAAGGCAUCAGAAAAAUGCCCAUUCCCAAUGGAGUUUCAAUGAAACAAAAUGCAAGUUUUGCGGCAAAGUGUUCAAGAGUAAGAACUCAUUGAAACAACAUGAAGUGAAGCAUGGUGAGAGGAAGAUGUAUAUCUGUGAUGUAUGCGGGAAAAUGAGUUUGUCGAAAUCAUAUUUAAAGAUCCACCUCGAGACGCACAACGAAAACAAGGAACGUAACUAUGGCUGUGACAUUUGCGAUAAAAAGUUCUUUUCAAAGAUAAACUUACAGAACCAUAUCUUUCGAGCUCAUACGGGACGACAAUACACAUGCCAAUUAUGCAAUAUCACAUACAAAUACAAAGAUAAUUUAGUAAAACAUCUUCUCACACACGAAGGGAAAAAGCUAUACAAGUGUGAUUAUUGUAACAAGUCGUUUUCGACUCGUACAUACUGUGUUGAACAUCAGCGAGUACAUUCUGGUGAACGGCCGUUUAGUUGCAUGUAUUGUCCGAAGAAUUUCAUGACUAAGAGGCAUUUGAGUGAUCACCAUAAGAUACAUACUGGGGAGAAGAAACAUAAAUGUGGUGUAUGUGAACAGAGCUUUACGCAGAGAGGCACUAUGAUACGACAUAUGAAAAUACAUAAUAAACCUUCUUUGGUGUGUUGAUUGUAUUAUUAUAGAGAUACAACAUAUAGGUUAUGCUAUGGAUACUAUAAAGGCCGGGACAGAUAUGGUGAAGCGCAGUGCAGCGCAAUUUUUAUUGUCAAACUAUUAAACUAACUAUGUACCUAGUAUAUAUCUGUCAACUGUGCUAACUAUAAGACUACAAGAGGACAAUGUCGAUAAUACAUGUCGCCGGCCCUAAGGCUGGUUGCAGAGCUUGACCGACCAUCAGUGCGUACGUCACUCGCGCUUGUCAUAUGUAUGGAAAUUAAUAAAACCGUUCAUAGCUAGACCGACCAUACGCACGCGUAUUGUCAUGUUAGUGUCGUAUUGGCUCCGCUGCGCUUCGCCGCUCUUUUGGUGUGAGUUGACCCUUAGAGUCAUACAUAUUGUUGAUGCGUAUCGUCAGGACCGACGGUACGCACUGAUGGUCGGUCAAGCUCUGCAACCAGCCUAACCGGCGCAGAUAUGGCGGAAAAUAUUAGAUAUUUAUACACAAAAAAAAUAUAUAUAUGGAGUUGUAGAAAUAAAACAAAGCUGGAUAUAAUAUUAAUUUAUUAAUAAUGGACAUUUAUUACUUAACACAUCAAAUUUAUUUAGUGUUUCCGAAAAUAUUUGCUUUCUCUACUUAUCUGCUGUUAAACAUCGAAAAUAGAUAUUGUUUUUAUUUACAGGAAAAUAUAAUUAACAAUUUUAAAUCUAAAUAAAAUCUAUAUUUAUAAUUAUUUACAAAUCCACAUUUUCAUGUACUUCCAAGCAGUGUCCUAUAAUAUAUUCAUAUUUACAAUAUUUACAUUAUUAUUUAAUGGAAUAAUACUUACACAAUUAUAUCACAUUAUUAGUAUUUUAUAAAAUAAACAUAAGAUGAAACAUCACAAAUACUGAACUGAACAAGAUCUUAUUUAUGAAAUAAAAUUUGUGAAAAUCAA